GGAUAGCCGGAGCCGUGAUCGAUACUAUUCACGUAAUGAUAGUCAUGACCGUAAUGUAUCAAGAGAUUAUUCAUAUAGAAGUCGACGUUCCCCAUAUCGAGAUUACCGUUCUCGUAGUAGAAGCCGCGAAAGAUCUUUUAGAAAUAAUUAUACAAGAUAUAACCAAGAUAAUUAUUCUUCAGAAUAUAGAAGAAACUAUCGUUCCCCUGAACAUCAAAGAAGUAACCAUUCUCCAGAAUAUCGGAGAAAUUAUCAUUCUCCAGAAAAUCGAAGAACAAGAAAAUCAAAAUGAUCAAACUUAUGUGCAACUCUUAGCGAGGCAAAUUUGUAAUUUAACUCAUCAACUCGAAGCUUUGCAAGCUGGAAGAUCAGGUUUUACACAAACUAUUACACCUAUUAGCACUGAUGGAGUUGAAAUACAAGACACUGAUCGACAGCCAACAAGCGUUCCUACACCCAUUAGAACUUCUCCCCGAAUGAGCGAAUUGAACUUACCAUCAUCUCAUAUCAAUGAACCGAAAAAAUUAUCUUCUCGAUUUUGUUCUGAUGAACACCUUAAACCAAUGGAUCCGAUCUUUAAGCAGGUGUUUCGUGAUGAAGUUGUUUCAAUUUUGGAUCAAUUGCCAAGAUCACAUCAAUUUAAAAUAACUAAACAUUUUAGCCAGCAACUUGAUCAUAUUACUUGCUUUACAGUGCCAGCAAUUAAAGAAAAAAUUAGUCCUGCAUUAUUAUUUACCGAUAAUGAAUUAAUUGCAGUUUUAAAACAGCUUCAUAAGAGUCGUCGUGGUGUUUGGAAGAAUGAUCGGCGGGAUCUUGUAGAUGAAUCUCGAAAGCGAAAACACCCUCCUACGCUUCAUUGGAAUGAAUAUUUACGUGAUUUAGAGUAUGCAGUGAAUGAUACUUCUUUACAAUCAGGAGAAGAAUCUGACACAGAUGAAGAAUUGGCAGAUAAUGAACGAGAAAAUGACGAAAGACCAGAAAAUAUUCUGGAUACAAAUAGAACUAAUUUAAUUCGAAAAAGGUGGCAUGAUGAUAAUUAUGUUGAUUACAAAAGCCGUCCAAAAAAAGAUAUACCGUUUUGGUGGAUUUCCACAAGAUGGUCUUCCAAUAUUGAAUACAGUGACAAUGAAGAGGUUGAGAAAAGUAGUAAUAGAAAAAAUAAGGGAAGGGACAAUUACAUGAAAAAUGCCGAAAUUAUGCAACUUGAUUAA